UGUGAUGAAAACCGUCGGUCGCUGCCUCUCCCUGUCGAGUGUCAAGCGCAAUCCUCACUCCCGCAGUCCCGCGCAAUCCCAUCCCGCCAUGGCUGUCUCCUCCCCACCGCCUCCUCGCUUCCACCUCUCCCUCCACCUUCAAGACCCUACCGGCCGGAACCCCCCGCCUAGUAGCGGCAAAAAGUCACGCCCCGCCCCGACAACCGAGACGCUCCGCCGCCGCCUCCUCCGCCGGGGCGUCUCGCCGACCCCCAAGGUCCUCCACACCAUCCGCAAGAAGGAGGCGCUCAAGGCCCUCCGCCGCGCAAGGAAGGACACCGCCGCCGCGGCCGCUGCCGCUGCGUCACUCAAUCCGUGCGGCGAGGAGAUUGGGGCGGAGGACGAGGAGGAGGCCCGCUUCCGUGCGGCAGCCGCGGAGUACCGCGCGCUCGUGGGCCGGCCAUGGGACGCCGGCGCCCGCGGCGUGGCGCCCCCGCGCGGUUGGGACGCGGAGGAGGGCGGGCUCGAGGGCCUGAGGGAGAUGCUCGUGGCGAGGAGGGGCGACGUGUUCCGUUGGCUACUGGACGAUGACAUCGAGGCGGAUGCAGCGGAGAGGAAGCAGCAGAAGCGUCCGGGCACUGGCUGGGAUGUGGAUGCCGAGGAAGAGGAGAGGAGGAUUCAAUUGCUCGUCAGCAGGUUAAACGGAGAUUACCUAAGUUUUCGUGAUUGGAGGCUUACUAGAAUGAUGAAAAAGGCUGACAUCAUAUAUAGUGAAGAUAAUCUACUAAGAAUACUAGAUGGGCUUGAGGCACGAGGAAACUGGAGGCAGGCUUUAGCUGUUAUUGAGUGGGUCUACAAUGAAAACAGCUACAGGCAUCGGAAAAGCAGGUUUGUGUAUACAAAAUUACUCUCAGUCCUUGGGAAAUCAUUAAGGGCAAAUGAAGCACUUCGAGUUUUCACCAUCAUGCGGAGAGAUCCUCAAAUAUACCCUGAUAUGCCUGCAUACCAUAGUAUUGCUGUUACGCUUGGUCGAGCUGGUCUUCUGAAGGAGUUAAUCAAGAUUAUCGAGUAUAUGAGACAGAAGCCCUCAAAGCGAGUAAUGAAUAUGCGGCGCAAGGGUUGGGAUCCUUCAUUGGAGCCUGAUGUACUUGUUUAUAACUCAGUGCUUAAUGCCUGUGUUCUAUCGCAGCAAUGGAAAGGGGUAUUUUGGGUGUUCCAGCAAAUGAGAAUUAGUGGUUUACCACCUACAGGAGCAACCUUUGGGUUGGCCAUGGAAGUCAUGCUGAAAGCCAAGAAGUAUGACUUUGUCCAGAAGUUCUAUGAGAAGAUGCAGAAAAAUGGCGUACCUCCAAGGGCAAUAACUUACAAAGUGCUUGUAAGAGCUUUCUGGGAGCAGGGUAAAAUUAAUGAAGCUGUUGAAGCAGUCAAUGACAUGGAACAAAGAGGAGUUGUUGGAGCAGCAAGUGUUUACUAUGAAUUGGCUUGCUGUCUCUGUAAUAAUAGAAGGUGGAGAGAUGCUAUGUUACAGGUUGAGAAGCUGAAACAGCUUCCCCUCACGAAACCACUGGAGUACACAUUUACUGGAAUGAUCUUAGCCUCAUUUAAUGGUGGGUAUAUCUACGAUUGUAUCUCAAUAUUUGAGUCAAUGAAGGACCACUGCACACCAAAUAUUGGGACUGUGAAUGUCAUGUUAAAAGUUUAUGGACGUUGUGAUAUGUUCGGGAAGGCAAAGGACUUGUUUGAAACCACCAAGGCUUGUUUCUCAAAUUCUCAGACAUAUAUCCAUGAACAUUCAUCACUUAAAGCAGACACAUAUACAUACAGCUCUAUGCUUGAAGCAUCUGCCUCUGCCCAACAGUGGGAGUACUUCGAAUAUGUGUAUAGAGAGAUGGUUCUGUCUCAUCACUGCCUAGAUCAAAGCAAAUAUUCAUGGUUGCUCAUCAAGGCAUGUAGAGCUGGAAAGUCAAAUUUGCUGGAGCAUGCGCUCGACUCAAUACUUGAAAGAGGAGAGAUCCCUGAUGUACAGCUGAUUACUGAAUUGAUAUGCCAGUCUAUUGCUCAUAGAGAUUAUAGAAGGACGCUGCAGCUCUUGAAUAUUAUGACUGAGGCUUCAAUAAAAAUGAAAGAAGUCGAGUGGGUUUACCUACUACAGAAAAAUGUGUAUCAAUUCAACAUUGAUGCCCUUGAGGGCUUUAUAAAGUACCUCAGUACUAGUGGUACUAUCAAUGCUGAUCCUGCACUUGGUUUAGUAAGAGCACUGGAGUCCCAGUGUGGGAUAACUUUAGUGAAAGGCCCAUAUUUGCUAACAGAUGAUACCACUACUCAACAGUGUGGACUCUCUUUGCUUGAGAGUGAAGACAAAUAUGCAAGUAGCAGUUUGGCCAAACAAGAUCAGCUCACUUGCGAGAACUUGUGUACUGAUAUAAUUCUUGACGUCCCUGAUUCUGAUAGAGAGAUCCCUCAGUUUGGUGUCAGUGUUGUCAUGAGCAGGGACAUCUCAUUAAGCGGUCAACGAUUGGAAGACAAACAUGAGCAUUCUGAUCUUGGGCAGCAGCGUCCACAGGUAUCUGCAAUUGACGAAGUACUUGAUUCCAUGAAUCCUUAUGGUGUCAAUUCAUAUGAAGAGAUGCCAUCAGCUUCAGAAAUUCUUGAGUUAUGGGAGCAGGAGAGGAUAAAUGGCAUGUUUGCUCAAAAAACAGAAAGCAGAACCACUCUUCUUAGAGGAUAAAUGAAAUUCUGGCAGAUAUUAUUUGCUACUAUGGGGCUAUGGGCAGUGCAAUUCUGGCAUAAAUUACCGACAGCUGCUGGAAAUUUGAAGGCCCCUAAGUUGGUUCAUGGGAUUCUUGCUGCAAUAAUUGCCUAAAUCAUCAACAGGAGUACAGGAGGCUCUUAUUUGUGAUCACAUCAUAUCUCGUUUUGGAUGGUCCAUACUAUACAAAAGCAGGGAAUGUAUAGAAUAUAGUGUGAAUUCACCCAACCAAUGUUGCACACUAACUUAUGCUCAGGGACAGCAAUUUAAAGCUGGGUUCGUCCACUGGAGCAGUUAGCUCAGGUUAAUAAUCAAACUUUCUAUGCCACUUUUCUUUUUUACUGCCCUGGUAUGGAUCUUAUCCUUUUCUCAAAAGAGGGAUUUAAUCUAAGACAAGAAUCCAAGACCAUAUACUAAGACUAAGCAAUAAAGAUUCCUGCAGAAUUUGACACUGGAACAUAGGUCAAAAUUUAUUCAGUACAGAGCCCUGAUACUGGGGACCUCAUGGUGGCGACAGAAUGUGGGUCCUGUCUAAAUUUGAUGUGUCUGUGGAUUUGUUCAAUAGUCAGAGAUCAAAGGAGAUUGCACUAAUGCUCAAUGGUGACGAUGAAGAUUCCUGCAGCGUACCAGAUCUCCAUGAGUUAAUGGGCUCUUGGCUCAGUACCUUGUGUAAUCAUCUGAAAAAUGUGAAAGUUGCAGUUUGAGUUGGAAGAGCUGAAUAGCUUUGAGGUUUCUCUAGCCAAGUUCUUUGCAGAAAAUCGCAAGGUCCUUGAAGUGCUCCAAAUCAAAGAUGGAGUCAUGGAGACCAGAACUUUAUAAGUCAUAUUUUAACCACAAGGUCGAGAGAUGGAGGCUUGGCCUUGUUUACUUGCAAAAAUUUUUGCAAAAUGUGAACAGUAGCAAUUUCGUUUUUUAUUUGGCAAAUAUUGUCCAAUCAUAGCCUAAUAACUAGGCUUAAAAGAUUCUACUCGCAAAUUACAUGCAAACUGUAUAAUUAGUUAUCUUUUUUACUUAUAUUUAAUGUUCCAUACAUGCGCCGCAAGAUUCGAUGUGAUGGAAAAUCUGAAAAAAUUUGCAAAAUAUUUUGGGAACUAAACAAACGCCUUUGGGUAAGGCAUCCUCCCUAUGUCUAAAGGAAAAGUAGCUCUGUGUGUGGUCUGUGUGCCAUGCUUUUGCAUCCUCGUUGCUGUAAUAAUGAGGUAAACAUGGAAGAUGUAACUAGUGUGCUACUAAACGUUAAUGCAUUUCAUUUCUGGAACUGGCCUUGUAUUGCCCUGGCCUUCUUCCUUGUCCCCUUGGGCUU